GGUUUUGUUGAACCUUUAAUCUCUAACUAUAUCUUCUUCCUGUAUGUUGGCUCAGCUCUAGGUUAUGUCUCUGCUCAUGUACAUUUUAAUAAGUUCCUCAUUCACUCAUCUCACCAAGGCGUGGAGAGAAAGAUGAAGUAAAGCUUUUACUCUUCAGGAACUUCAUAUCAAGUCCUUCACCUCUAUCACUUCUGGAGGAGAACAUGACUGGAUCCUGGAAACUAUUUCUGCUCUGUAGUCUCCUGCAAGGUGCUGGGUGCAACGCUGCAGAAUUUGAGGCCCUAAUGCCAGAAAGAGUGACGACACUCAAUGGAUCCUGUGUUACCGUUCCUUGUAACUUCACCUUGUGGGACGGGUUUGAUGCAUUGCUAAAGCCUGGAUGCAAAAAAUUGUGGUAUAAAAUUAAGGAUCAACCUAUAAGCAACCAACUUAUAAGUUCUACAACAAUCAGGGGGGAGCUUACAGCACACGACUGUACUACAACAUUCAAUAACGUACAUGAAGACAAUGGUCAAUAUUAUUUUAGAAUUGACUGUGAUGGAAGUGAUUUAAGAUAUAAUUUUAAUGAAAACCCAGUGACCAUCAGGAUCAAGGGGCUCCCUGAUGCACCUCGUUUGACCCCCCCCAAGGAGCCGGUGGUGGAGGGGACUCCUGUGGAGCUGGGGUGCUCUGCCCCGUCCUACUGUGACACCCACCCCCCCACUGUGACGUGGACCCCCGCCCUGGGGCUCAGCACCCAGCUCCAGCAGAACGAUACCGUGACCUCCACUCUGACCUUCAACGCCUCCCACCUCCACCAUGGAAACAAUGUCUCCUGCACUGCGGCCUACUACAUACCAUCUGGGAACAAAACUGUGACGUCUACGAGAUACCAACUCAGUAUCUCAUAUGCCCCCAGGAACACCUCUGCUGUCGGCAGCCCGUGUCUUCCAGCCAGAGAGGGAGGCUGCCUCAACCUGACCUGCACCAGUCAUGCUAACCCUGCUGUCAGCGAGUUCACCUGGUACCGAAUACACGGAGAACACAUCCUUAAGAUCGGGACUGGAUCUUCUCUGUCCAGCCAGCUGUGGAACACCAAUAACGUUUUCUUCUGUGAGGCCAGGAAUAAAAUUGGCACGGAAAAGUCUGAUGUCUUCAAGAUCGACAUUCAAACUCCUCCCAGGAUCCUGCCCGCUUCAAGCUGCAGCAGAAUUGCAGCCUGGGUGCGAUGUUCCUGCGACAGCGUGGGCAGACCAUCACCGUCUCUGGAGUGGAGGUUGGAUGGGAAACUGGUGUUGGGUUCUGAAGACGUGUCUGUUAGCCAGGUCAAGCUGGAGAACGCCACGUUGAGGAGCUCCCUCACAAUGAGGGCCCCUGCUGGUCCGACAGCCUUGACCUGCCACAGCUCCAACGCUGCCGGGAACACCAGCCAGGAGCUUCCUGUCCCCCACCAGGAUAUACAGCAAUACCUGACAGACUUGGUGCUGUGCAUUGUCAAAUCUGCUGUGAUGUUCGUGGGCUUAGUGUGCGUGGUCGUCUGUAUUAUAAGAACUCGGAAAGUGAGUGAGGAGACGCGGUCCUUUAACGCUGCCACUGUGAAGCGAGCCCCCCCAGACGAGGAGGAGUCCCAGGUCAUCUUCGGAAGUGAGGAGGACGACUACAUUAACAGCGGGAUGCAGAUGAACCCGGUUGGGCCGAGAGAGGAGCCGGUUGGACCGAGAGAGGAGGCUGUUCUGAGAGCCGGUUCCCCAGUCUCAACGCACCGUGAUGCAGCCUCCUCCCGCCGGAUAGGCCCUGCAGGCUCCCACCCAGGACGACCGGUCUCUAGGGAGCUGACUGAAGAUACUCAGUAAACAGUUCAUGAUGACCAAGUAUUUCCUCCAGGUAGAAAUUUUAAAAAGUUAGUAUGCAGCUUUCUUUUAAUAAGUUGAUAGCCAUCUGUGUCAGUGGCAGCCUGCCCUAUAUGCUGAAUAUGCAGUUGUGUGGACCAGCUAAGCCAGUUCACAAAAGUUAAUUAAUUCUCUAAUUCAAGAUCCAUUCUGAAGGGGUUAUGUUGCCCUCUGGUGGUGAUUUGCAUUCACAGUCCAGGUAGAGAAUUGUAGUUGUCUGUAUUAGUGAAUUUUAACGCAAUAUAUAUUGUUUCUUACAUUGUGUAAAACAUGACAGCAAAUCUAUUGAAAUUAAUCAAUGUAUUAAUUGUAAUUCCAGCCUUUUGGCCAAAUAAACAUUGGUCAAGUUUCUACAAGGUUUUAUAGCAAUGUCUAAUGUUGAUGUGUAGCCAUCUCUUUUAAACAAUUGCAGUCUUCAGUUGUUGUUUUUUAAGUCACAGUUUUCAGCUCAAGGCAAGGAGCGGCCCCCAAAAAAAGUCUUGCCUAGGGGCCCCUACUGCCUAGAGCCAACACUGACAAGUAGCAUACCUUGGGGCCCAUGGUACCAACCAGUCUUCCUGGUCAGUAUUAAACAAGAGCAGUGUUUACAGUAUCAAGAGAGAACAAUAUAAACAGUGUUAUCAGAUGACUGUAUAAUCAGUAAGCAUUUUCAGGAGGGAACAGUGUAAACUGUCAGAGUCUGAUUGGACUCUGGUGCUGGGUGAGGCUGCACACUUGUUGCACAUUGAGUAAUCAGUGUGCACAGGUUAAACCAGCCGCCUGCACUCGCACUCGGGGAGAUCUCCUGGAUGGCAGCAGAGCACCCUUUGUCACAAUGUCAGACUUUUGUUAUAGACCACUAGAUGUCGCCAAUUCUGACUUUCUGUUCUGUGUUUUUUCCAUCUAAUUAUGUCUCAUGUUAAGCAGACUCACCUGCCCCAUGUUAAUUAGUCAUGUGAUUUGUUCAGCCAUUUUGUCUCGCAGUAUUUAAGCCUGAUCUUUCCACUCUGUCUCUGUUGAGCCUUCACUGAACCCCUGUGAGUUAACCUUAGUCUUGAACAGUAUUUGCUGAUUGCCUUCUUGUACUUUGACCCUGGACUGUUUUUCUACUCUGAGUUUGUAUUACCCUGUUGAUUUGUUCGCUAUUUCUGGAUUGAUCUUGUUGCCAACCUUUGCCUGUCUGUUUACCCUGCCUUUUGGAUUACCCCUUGGAUUUACUGUCAAUGUGCUUUGCCUUUUUCGAAUUUUUGGACUGAGUUUAUGUUUUUGGAUCUUCUGAGCUUUAUUGGAACUGUAUUUUUCUGAGGAAAAAAUACCUUAAAACUUGCUUUGCACUUGAGUCACCCUAGCUUUCUGUGUACCAUACCGUGACUACCGUGACACCCUUGACAUGUUCAUUAUCACAUUUUUCAAUAAACCAUAUUUUUAACACCACAUCC